UCGACAAAGCAGGUACGAUAGAAUCUAAAUCAUUACAAAAUGUAAAGCACAAAUUCUUCUGACUCUUAAUGGUCAGUAGCCUAAAAGUCUGAGGCAGUACCCAGUAAAGAGCGCAUGUUUGCGGACUUCGACUGUGUUGUGUGCAGCAGGAAUAUUGAAAGGUGUGGUGAAGGAAAAUUAGACUACAUCUAAAAGACUCAGAGGGACUGAAUAGGUAACUAACCCGAAGAAGCAUGAACGACUCGUUACGCCAUCACUUCAGCAUGAAACACAUGGACUACAUGUAUAAUCCUGACAAUAACAUCACUUUGAACAGCAGUGCAACUCCCGGUGACAUGAAUGCAACAGGGAUCGCCCAAAUCAUGAUCCCCCAGGAAUUGUUUCUAAUGCUCGGCUUGAUCAGUUUGGUGGAAAACAUUUUGGUGGUGGUGGCCAUCAUCAAGAACAGGAAUCUUCAUUCGCCUAUGUAUUAUUUCAUCUGCUGUCUGGCGGUGUCGGACAUGCUGGUGAGCGUAAGUAAUGUGGUGGAGACGCUCUUCAUGUUGUUGACGGAGCAUGGGCUGCUGCUCGUCACUGCAAAGAUGUUACAGCACUUAGACAAUGUGAUUGACAUUAUGAUCUGCAGUUCUGUCGUGUCCUCGUUGUCAUUCCUCUGCACUAUUGCCGCGGACCGCUAUAUCACCAUCUUUUACGCACUCCGGUACCACAGCAUCAUGACCACGCAGCGCGCCGUGGCUAUAAUCGCGGUGGUGUGGCUCACCAGCAUCACCUCUAGCUCUUUAUUUAUCGUUUAUCACACUGAUAACGCGGUCAUCGCCUGUCUCGUCACGUUUUUCGGCGUGACGUUGGUGUUCACGGCGGUUUUGUACCUGCACAUGUUCAUCCUGGCGCACGUCCACUCCAGACGCAUCAUGGCCCUCCAUAAGAGCCACCGGCAAGCCACUAGCAUGAAGGGAGCCAUCACUCUGACUAUACUGCUCGGGGUUUUCAUCAUCUGCUGGGGACCGUUUUUCCUCCACCUCAUCCUUAUCCUCACCUGUCCCACAAACCCUUACUGCAAGUGUUAUUUCAGCCAUUUCAACCUUUUUCUGAUUCUUAUCAUAUGCAACUCGCUUAUAGACCCUCUCAUUUACGCGUAUCGCAGUCAAGAGCUGCGCAAGACGCUCAAAGAAAUAAUUUUUUGUUCAUGGUGCUUUGCAGUGUGAUAUAUUCUUUCUGGAUUUUUUUUUUUUUUUUUUUUUUUUUUUAGAAACGCUUGGA